AUGACGCAAGCCUGGCACACGCUGGUGGACACGAUCCGGCAGCUUCCCUCAGCUCCCGGCUCGACGAGCGUGCAGGCCGAGAAGGCGACACUGGAGCUGGCGCUGGACCAGCUCAGCGCGCUCAUCGACCUGCGCAAAGGCAUCGUCUCGCCUACGCCUGAGGCGACCCCCCCGCCGGGCAUGCAGGGCAAGCGGAAACGGCGCCCCUCGCACUCCUCACCAGGCCUGGGCAUGCACCCCCUCACAACGAAGCGGCGCGCGGGCACGUUGCCGGGCACGCCGCUGAGCCAGAAGACGCCCCCGGGCGCGUCGGACGAUCUCAGGCCAGGCAUCAAGGUCGCGGCCAAGCAGAAGGCGCACGACGGCGAGUGGGUCCUCGCCACGAUCAAGAAUCGGCAGGGAACCAAGUAUGAAGUGCAAGAUGCCGAUGACGGGAGCCGGUGGACUGUGUCUAUUGCGCAGAUUAUCAAGUUACCCAAUGGCGAGGAGGGGAAGACGUUCAAGAAGGGCGACACGGUGCAUGCCCUCUAUCCUGACACGACGAGUUUUUACAAGGCCACCGUCAUCCAGGGCCUCGAGGGACGGACGUAUAAGCUGUCCUUUGUCGAUGAUGGGGACAACAUUUCGGAAGUCGACCGCGACUUUGUCGUCUUGCAACUAAAACUUGGCCUGUACUAUAUACACAUUUUGGAUGGGUGGGGUUGGGAUCCCGGCUUGGGCUUGAUAUCUCGAUGCUGGGGUAUGUCCUGUGGGCUUAUGCUGGGUCACGCUUCUCUCGGCCCCCUUGCUGACACUUGCUCAACUCGCGCUCGCUCAGAUCCAGCUCGGGCGACUGUCGGCCAUGGUCGCCUGCCUGACGCCAUAGCGCCACUUUUCAAGGUCGACCCCCUCGCGACGCAGGCGCAGCACCGUGCUCAUGUUCAGGUGCACCUUGUCCUCGGGGUUGGCCUCCUCGGCGCGGUCGUACAGGCUGCUCGAGUCCGAUUCGUCGUCCUCGGCAUAAUACUUCUCACACCCAAAGCUGCCCCUGCGACGGCGAGGCACAUGGACGCCGUACUCGUGUUGCAGCCUCAAGGCCCACAUGCCACUGAGGCGGUUCAGGUCGACAUCGAAACCGUCCACGGGGUAGCGAACGAGCAAGCCCAGCAUGGAGAAGAAGGCGAGCGUGCAGAUGAGCGGCACGCUGAUCCACCAGUAGAACGGGAGCAGGUGCGAGCUGCCGUGACGCGAGAAGUAGGUCCAGAGCGGAGCGCCUGCGACGGGGUCCACGCGGAACACCCAGAGAAGCAGGUAGCCUGCCGUCUUGACUGCGGUCUGGUGGAAGAAGAGCAGGUUCGCGAGCAGCCGCUGGACUCUGGCGUUUCUGGCGUUGUGGGAUGCAUUGAAUCAUGUCUUGAGGGUGAAGGGAUCUCGAUCGAUCGCGCUUUGGGCCCAGGUCCUGAGCCCAAAUGA